CAACUUCAAAACUUUCAUCGUCCAGCAUGACGAUCACUUGGGGCACAGUCAAGUCCCUUCUUUUGUUCUUUGGCCCGAUUCUGCUUCCCAAAGCAAUCGCAUAUUACCGCUCUGUUCGCGCUGCACCUAGCAUUCACGGCAUUCCCAUACGACCUAUACCUCCAGCAGUACAACGAGCUCUCCUCAUCCUCCUCAUUACCUCGCUAUCCUUUCUCAUAAGAACACUUCCAAACUUCGCCCCCGAAAACAUAUUCGCUAUAACAGCAUCGCGUCUCCAAAUCCCAACCGAUGUACUCUUCACACGUCUUUCCGGCCUACGACCUCAAGGCCUAUCGCCUACCGAUCAGCUACUGAGGACUAAGAUUGGAUCUCUAGAAGGCCGUCUCCAAUACUUCCGGUUCGGCCCAGACGUUCUCAGCGAAUGUCAAUUCUGCAAUCCAGAUGAUCCGAAUUCCUACCUCUACUACGCGCUCCCAGGUAUAUUGAUACCGCACAUUUUCAACCUUUGCGUCCUGGCUCUUGUAACCAGUGGUCUCUUCACUGGAAAAGAGGGAGCAAUAUGGAGAACAACGGGGACCAUUGCAGCAAUAGCAGUUGCGAUCAUGGAGGUAUAUUUCGUUAGCUCUUACAACUAUCAAGGGAAUUCAAGGGCCACAAGAGUAGAGGACCUCGAUUUCUUCUACUGGAAGAUGCGGAUCUAUCGAGGAGUUGCACUUGCUGCCCUCGACGGCAUUCUCGGAUGGGUCCUCUACCUAUCAAGCACGAACAGAGCAUUCUUGACUCCGCCAAGCACAGCCGAACGGAUAGAAACCUCGUCUCGGAUUCUAGACAUGGCGAGAAGUAAAAUGGGUGCCACAGGAGUAUUACGAAAUACCAUUGUAAGAAACGAAGCGCUGAGAGGCAGAAGUCAGGAUUACUGGAUUCAUGAAGGACAGGUAACGAGAGCUGUUAUGGAAGAGAGAGAAGUGGUGCAAAGUGUCCAGAACGCAUUGGAGAAUAGAAUCAACAUCGCGACUAUAUCAGCGGAUGCGGAUACUUAUGCGCAGAAUAUCAUGGCGCCGUUGCAGGCUAUGCAGCAGGCGAAUGGGGCUACUUAGAUUUUUUGCAGGUAGAAUGAGU